UUCCAGAGUCUGGUGCUUUAGGCCUUGUCCUACACGGCCCAGGGAUGUUAUGGCUGCUCCUCCUCACCCUCCCCUGCCUGGGGGGCUCCACACCUGGGAUCCCUGGCCUCGAGAAGGAGGGCAUUGUAGGAGGCAGACCUGUCUCAGCCACGAACUUCCCAUGGCAGGUGAGCCUGAGGUACAAGAAUACCAACAAUCAGUGGAAGCACUAUUGUGGAGGCUCCCUCAUCCACCCGCAGUGGGUGCUCACCGCUGCCCACUGCAUGGUUAAGCGCUUUCGCCAGCAGACCACUAGCCUGGAGUGCCUGAAGUGGAGGGAGCGGAAGGCCACUGAAAUCAGGGUCCAGGUGGGCAGGUUGAGGCUGUAUGAGCCGGACGAGGAGCUGAGCGAGGUGGCACAGAUCUUCAGGCAUCCCAAGUACAACGCAAGCCUAUGUUGGCUCAGCGGCUCAGACAUUGCCCUGCUGAAACUGAAGGCUCCGGUGUCAGGACAGCGCAGGAUCCCAGUUGCCCUCCCCAAGGGCCCCCUGAACAUCCCUGCGAAGACGAUCUGCUCUGUGACGGGCUGGGGUGAUGUCAUGUAUGAGAAGCCGCUUCAGUACCCUUACCACCUGCAGCAGGUGGCGGUGCCCAUCGUAGGGAAUGAGGACUGCAACCGCAUGUACCAGAAUAAAACCUCCCGACUCAGGGUCAGGCCCAACAAUAUCAAGGACAGCAUGCUGUGUGCCGGCCAGGAGGGCAAGGGCUCCUGCCUGGGUGACUCUGGAGGUCCCCUGGUUUGCAGCUGGAACCGCACAUUGGUACAGGUGGGCGUGGUGAGCUGGACCAAAGGCUGUGGGCACCCAGCUUUUCCUGGGGUCUAUACCCGGGUGACCAGCUUCCUAUCCUGGAUUCACCAGUAUAUCCCUGAGCUCUCUGGGCCCUUGAUGGGGGCCAGAUGAGUCAGGAGACCGAAGGCUUUCCUGUGACACCCCUCCUCCUCCUAUCCUGGUCUCCUCCCCAAAUCUCCUCCUUCUCCAGAGCAGGGAGACCCCUUGCCUUCUUGGCCAUCCUGACCCGGGGAGGGCCAGAGGCUGGCUUCUCAUAGAAGCAGAGUGUGGUGGACCAAGUGGUCUGGGCCAGCCCAUGAGGUCACCUGCUCACCCUGUGCUUCCCAUUAAA